CGCGGCCCGACGGCUCUCUGGCGACGCCCGAGCGCUGAGGGGCGACUGGCGGCCAUGGCGGAGUCGGCGCCGGCUCGGGAACGCGAGACGGACAGAACCAGAUCAUCAUGACCCUGGCACAUGCAGUGCUGGGGGUUGAACUUGGAGCCUUGUGUUUCACAGGAGGAAGCGCCGCUCCACCCCUCUGACUCCUCCCUCACCGCCCCCACACACAGUAGAGAAAAGCCCUUAUUUCCAGACCCCGGAGAUGUCACUCUGGACCGUCGUGGCCGCCGUGCAGGCCGUAGAGCGGAGGCUGGAGGCCCAGGCCGCCCGGCUGCUCAGCCUGGAGGGCCGCGCGGGCUCGGCCGAGAAGAAGCUGGCCGACUGCGAGAAGACGGCCGUGGACCUGGGGCAGCAGCUGGAGGGCAAGUGGGCCGUGCUGGGCACCCUGCUGCAGGAGUACGGGCUGCUGCAGCGGCGCCUGGAGAACAUGGAGAACCUGCUCCGCAACAGGAACUUCUGGGUCCUGCGGCUGCCCCCGGGGGACAAUGGCGAGACCCCCAAGCCCCCGCGGCCCCUGGAGAGUGAGGACGUGUAUUUCUCUGAGGAGCAGUGGGAGAACCUGGAGGACUGGCAGAAGGAGCUGUAUCGAAACGUGAUGGCCAGCAACUACGAGACGCUGGUCUCCCUGAAGGUCCUGGGCCAACCGGAAGAAGAAGCGGAGCUGGGUCCAGAGAUGUCGGGUGACUUGGAAGGACACCCAGCGGACGGGGUCGUGGUCAAGCCGGAGUCCCAGGACGCGCUGGCGGGAGCCCUCCGCGAAGAGGAGCGGACCCUCUGGGACCGCGCGGGCAUGGCCGUCCCUUCGGACUCGGGGCCCGGAGCCGCGGCCGCCGAGGAGCCCCCCGAGGCGGGCGGAGACCCUCGUGGCGGCCGGACUCCGGGCGGUGGCCAGAAGCGGAAGUCGAGUCGGCAGGCCCGGCCGGGGCCGGCUGGGGCUCGGGACGCCGCACGGGGCGCGAAGCCGCGGAGGGGCGCCUACGAGUGCCCGGAGUGCGAGGCCGGCUUCCGCUCCAAGCAGCAGCUGGCGGCGCACCGCCGCGCCCACCCGGAGCCCGAGGAGGCCCCGCGGCCCCGGCCGCGCCCGCAGCCGCAGCCCCGCAGGACCCGGCUCCACCGCUGCGACUUGUGCGGGCGCAGCUUCGGCUGCCGCCUCAGCCUCGUGACGCACCAGCGCUGCCACGCGCAGGAGGGCGCGGCCGGGCCACCGGUGCAGGAGCGCUUCUCGCCCAACAGCCUGGUGGCGCUGCCCGACCACAUCUCGUGGAGGAAGAGCCGCGGCGCGCUGUUGUGUGGCUACUGCGGCAAGAGCUUCAGCCACCCGUCGGACCUGGUGCGGCACCAGCGCAUCCACACGGGUGAGCGGCCCUACCGCUGCCCCGACUGCGACAAGGGCUUCAUCCAGAAGCAGCACCUGCUGCAGCACCAGAAGAUCCACCAGCGCGAGCGUGCCGGCUCGGCCACCCGCCCCGCACCCGCGCCCGCAUCUGCACCCGCACCCGCGGGGCCCAACGGCCUCCUCUGAGCGCCGCCCCUCGCCCGCCCGUCCGCCCGCGGGACGGAGGGGCUGGCGAGGGGCCCCAGGACACCCACGGACGGACCGACAGGAUGGACCGACAGGCGGCGCCUUGCGC